CUCAGUCACAUUUACGCGCGGUGAACCAGAGACACCAUCGCGCCCGUCGCGCAACCACUUUUAUUGUAGAUUAAUCCGGGAAAACCGGACUAUAUUUUCAGAAUAUUUUGAACAUGAGAAAUCCCGGCAUUUUGGCAGCUCUCCACAAACCUGUCUGCGCGUGACGCAGGAGGAGACUACUUAAGGGGGGAUUAACGCUGGCAAGACAUUAAAUCCAACCUCCCUCCACCCAGACACUGCGCGACCCAUCAACCUGAUCUGGGGAUCGAAAAUAGGAGGGCUUAUAUUUAUCAGCACUUUGGACUGGAAGACAAGCAAAAGUGUGGGAUUGCCGUGCAGGCUUUCAACAGUGACACUGCCACAAAGCGGGGAGCAGGUGCCGCGCGUGUGAUCAAUGCAUUUGCCAGAUAGAAUCAGAACCACUGGAGAGUAAGAAAACACACACACGCAAGCACGCACGCACGCACAGGAAAUAAUAACAUUUCCCGGGAAUUCGUGCAGAGUACCGUGUGCUCUCGUCUCCGAAUGAACAAACAUGGGGGAAUGGACCAUCCUAGAGAGGCUCCUGGAGGCUGCUGUCCAGCAGCACUCUACUAUGAUAGGAAGGAUCCUACUGACAGUGGUGGUGAUCUUCCGGAUUCUAAUCGUAGCGAUAGUUGGAGAGACUGUUUAUGAUGAUGAACAAACCAUGUUCAUCUGUAAUACCUUACAACCGGGCUGUAACCAAGCAUGCUACGAUAAGGCAUUCCCUAUCUCCCAUAUCAGAUAUUGGGUGUUUCAGAUCAUAAUGGUUUGUACACCGAGUCUAUGCUUUAUCACAUAUUCGGUUCAUCAGUCUGCGAAACAAAAGGAGCGGCGGUACUCAACUGUGUUUCUGACGGUGGAUAAGGAUCAAGAUUCAAUGAAACGAGACGACAGCAAAAAGAUCAAAAACACAAUCGUGAACGGAGUACUUCAGAACACCGAGAACUCGACAAAAGAGGCCGAGACCGACUGUAUGGAAGUGAAAGAAAUCCCCAACCCCAAUAGAACUGCUAAGUCCAAAAUGAGACGGCAGGAGGGAAUCUCCAGAUUCUAUAUUAUUCAAGUGGUUUUCAGAAACGCGCUGGAAAUUGGGUUUUUAGUUGGUCAAUAUUUCUUGUAUGGAUUCAACGUCCCCGCUGUGUAUGAGUGUGAUCGAUAUCCUUGCAUAAAAGAUGUCGAGUGCUAUGUCUCGAGACCUACGGAGAAGACCGUGUUUUUGGUCUUCAUGUUCGCAGUCAGUGGUUUUUGCGUGGUGCUGAAUUUGGCAGAACUGAAUCACUUGGGGUGGAGAAAAAUCACAAAGGCCGUAAGAGGAGUGCAGGCUAGAAGGAAGUCCGUUUAUGAGAUCAGAAAUAAGGACUUGCCCCGAAUGAGUAUGCCCAAUUUCGGUCGCACCCAGUCAAGUGACUCUGCCUACGUGUAGCGCACUGAGCAAACUGAUGGUGCAGUCUGUAAAAAUGUAACGAAGAAAAUAAGAGACAGAAUGGAGGAUUCCGCUGGCCGUAUGCCGUGUCAUGAGUUCAAUGAGUGGGUAGAUUUUUAUUUGAUAGUCUUUUAAGGACUUCAGUGACGAACGUGAGUCACACGUUUGUUGGUCUGUUUAUUAUAUUGCACUGAUGCAACUUUUUAGCGACGUUUAUACUCUGUAAAGCGCUUAACAGAGCAUACAGACGUGUUCACGCAUUUACUCUCGGUGGCUUCUCUACUCUACUUGACAGAGUAAAUGCGUUUUGCACUAAAAGUUGAACUCCGGGAGCCAAACCUUACCCGUGACGUGUUGGUAAUGGUGUUUUUAAAAACACAUUUUUCCACCAAUUUUUGACACCAUACGUAUUUAGGCGACACAACAUAAACCGGUUAUCCAAGAUUAAGGAAAAUCAUAACUACAGAUUUAUAUAUGUAUGGAUGUAUAAAUCAAUGCGACUAUGGAUCGACCUAGUUAAAAUAGUAGCGUCAUACAUGUUUUUUCUUUUGUUGCCUGUGUUGCACCACUGACCUUAACGUAUGUAACCAUUCCAUUGCUAUAUAGCUGACUUGCAGAACAGUAUCGGGUGGAUUUGCUGCAAACGCUUAACGUCUGUGAUAUCCUUAAUUUAAAAUACACCAAAGCGCCCACAGCUUUCAUUUGUGAAAAGUGAUUUUUUUUUGCUUUCGUGUGAUCAAGUGCCAUACUUGUACAUAAAACAUAUAUCUAUAUAAAUAUGUACACAUAUAAAUAUAAAGAAUCUCUAAUAACAUUCAUCAUAAAAGCAAAUUAUUUGCUUGGAUUAUGCUAAAUGCCGCCCAGAUUUGCUUUAAUUGUAUUCGUUGUGAUUUAAAUGAAAAUGAUAUAUUCCAUUUUCUCUCUUUUAACUUUGCAAAUGACUGAAAAAAAAUAAAGAGCUAGUCUUUUUAUACGCCGAACGGGAAUCUGCUUAUUCACCUCCUCGAUGAAACUCAAAUCAUAACGGCACAAAUUUUUAAACAAAAUAACAAAACAGUACAAUUUCUAAUAACUACAAGAAAAUAUUAAAAGUGUGGGCAAUAACAAACUGCUCUGGUGCUACAGUUUUACACAAAACGUCUCCUGCUGCUACGUGUUACGAUGACCAGACAGAAACUUUUUUCCUCAGUGAAUUAAAGCAGGACUCGUGUACCCAAACCGCAACGUGCAAGGCUAAGGUGCGGUGCUUUUUGCUGUAUCUGAUCCGUACAUCACAGCCUGUAUUUGAACUCAACUGGCAUGACGGUAUGAUUUCAAGCUUGUUGCAAUUGGAGGCCCUAGAAAGAUACGUGCAAUGUCAGUUAUGUCUUGUUUAUAUUACACAAUGGACUGAGAACACGCUUAGAAGACUCUUAAAUGGAGGUGUUUCUAUAUGCCAAAUAUCAAAAGGAGCUUCAUAACAACAGGAGCUGAUAAGCCUUUUAUGAAGUACAAAUGAAACGUUGGCUCAAUUUUUCUUUCUGUUAUGUUUUUUUUGUUAUUCUGGACAUCCGUUUGUAUGAUUUAUGUGUUUUUAGUGUUAAGACGAAUGAAGUGCAUGUUUAAGGUGCUCGUCUCAGAGACAUAUCUCGGACAUUGCCGAGGGGCUGGUUGCGAGGUUUGCCGUUUGGUCGGCGCGCCUCUUUCUCGCGUUACAGGAGGAGAACUGCAAAGGAGGGGGGGAAAGACCGCAAAGGGAGUGGCUCUGCCGAAUGCGGGAAGGUCCUCUGCGCUUCAUGAAGGUCAUCAAAAAAGACACACACAAAAAAAGAAAAAGUGCUGAAUCCUAGUCCACCGCCACCGGUCGUUCGAGGCCCGACCAUUCAGGAGCAUCUGGGGGCAGGCGCGAGCUCUGCACCUGCCAGGAUGAGUAGGCAGAGCUCGCGGAGAAAUCGAAACGCAGAGCACUGACACAUCAAUCUCCAGCCCAAAGGGACUCGCUAUUCAUCUUAAACACAAUAACCAAACAAAAGGGAAAAAAGAAAGUGAGAGAGAGAAGAAAAGCAAAUAAAAGCAAAGAAAAGUGCAACUUCUCUGCUCGGCCUGGUGAUGUGAGACAAUGUCCUUCCUCCCUCUCCUUCCCCACCCCCCAAACCCCCGUCUCAACCCCCCUUCCUCUUUUUCCUCCGGUAACUAACAUUCCAGGACUUGACAGAUAACUUACUAGUGGCCUGUAAGACUGGGACCGUGAUCACAUCAACAAACAACAUCAGACCCGUGCCGCUGUAAAACUGCAUCCAUAAACUGGGACUGUGUGAGGGCUUCAACAGCAGAGCUUUAUUUGCCACGAACAUGCUCUCCUUCCAAAAUAACUGAAGAGAUCUGCACGCCAAGUGCAAGAAAAAAAAAGAAAAGAACCUUUCUGUGCUGUACUGCGCUCAUAGAAUUUACUGCAAUAUUCAUACUGGUGUUUCAGUGGCUACUUCUAAAUGGCAAAAUUAUUGGGUUAUGUGUGAAUGCAAUUAUGCAUGCUGAGAUGCAUUUGACAUCAUGUGAGUGUUGGGAGGCUUGGUUAAAUAUUACAUGACACCUGUGCUAUUCUCCUCUGCAUUCUCUAAGACCGUGAUUGAAUUCUGUUACAUCAUUUAGGUAGAUAUCUGACAGUCACACACUGGCGGAUUGCUAUAGUAAGAUUGACAACGUGCUAUUCCUAAGCGAGGCCAGUGUUUCUAAUUGGCAUGUGAAACUAAAAAAAGGCUCAUAGAUAGCCGAGAAGGCACACAGACGGCCUCCCGAGGGCUUGUUUUGCUUUGUUCCAAAUCUCUCUGCAGUGACAGUGCAAAACAAUGCGAUGCAGUCUGAUGCUCGUCCUCCUCCGCGCCGCGGCACAGGUGGAGCAUUCUGCACCACGCCGACAGAUCUCAGAGUAGAGCGGAGCGGAGCGGGGCGGGGCGGAGGCGUCAGUCAGUCAGUCAGUCAGCGUGAAGCGCCUGCAUGCCGCUCAGGACCCAGGUGCCAUCUGACUCGGGACCGCAGCCGGCCCACUGCUGGCUCAGAUGUGCCUCAGAGCCAUUCAGCAGUCAGCUGAUGAGUGUGUGUGUGUGUGUGUGUGUGUGUGUGGUGGGGGCUCACAUGGUGGAUCUGUCACAGAUGGUCUAACUCGGCAACCCCUUUCUCUCCCUCCCUUUCUCUCUCUCUCUCUCUCUCUCUCUCUCUUCUCUCUCUUUCUCUCCCUCUCUUUCUCUCUCUGCCUCCCUCUCUCCCCCUUCUCUCCUGGGCAGGGUUUGGCCAGGGAGGGAGACUGCGGAUG